AUGUUCUCAAAGAUCGCAGUCUUCGCUCUGCUGGUAGCAGUAGCACACAGCAGCGCCAUCAACGGUGCCAAUUACAACAGCUUCUCAUACGGAGUUUCGGACCCUUACACCGGAGAUGUGAAGAGUCAGCACGAGACUCGUGUGGGUGACAACGUGGUCGGACAGUACUCCUUGUUGGAAUCUGACGGCUCUCGUCGGACUGUGGACUAUGCUGCUGACGCACACUCAGGUUUCAACGCUGUUGUACGCAAGGACCCCGCUCUGAUCGCUCACGCUGCCCCCGCUCCCGUUGCCGCUAGUUUCGUCGCUCCAGUCGCAAGAGCUGCCUACUACGCCUCUCCUUUAUCCUACGGAGCUGCUUACGACUCAUACGCCGCUCCUUUUGCCCGUUAUAUCCCUUAUGGAGCCUAUGGCGCUUACGGACUCGGAUACGCUGCUCGGUUAGGAUGGUAA